AUGGACAAAUUGCAUCCCCUAUUCGCUCAUCCAACUUAGAAAUUAUGGAAUAGCUGUUUACCUCGAAAGAGCUAAUUAGUUUAUCCAAUAUUUGUAGUUGAUGGAGAGAAUCAGAAGCAACCAAUAAAUUCAAUGCCGAAUGUUUAUAGAUACUCUGUAGAUUUAUUAAAAGAGUUUCUGGAACCUUUGGUGGUAAAGGGCUUAAAAGCAGUGCUGAUUUUUGGAGUGAUAGGAAAUGAAGGUAAGGAUGAGUUGGGAUCCUUGGCAGGAGGAUUGGGAAAGGAGUCUUGUGUUCACAAAGCAUUAAGAUUAUUGAAAUAAGCAUUUCCCUAAUUGUUGUUGAUAACUGACGUUUGUUUGUGCGCAUACACAUCUCAUGGACAUUGCGGGAUAUUAACAAAAGAUGGAUACUUGGAUAAUUAAGCCAGUAUCAAAAGGUUGAGUGAGUGCGCUCUCUCUUAUGCGCAAGCUGGAGCUGACAUAGUAGCUCCAUCUGAUAUGAUGGACAAUAGAGUGGGAGCAAUCAAAGAAUUGUUAGACUAACAUCCAAAUUUGAGAGUUCCAAUUAUGUCUUACUCAUCUAAAUUCUGUUCAGCAUUGUACGGCCCCUUUAGAGAUGUGUGUUGUUCAGCACCUCAGAAGUUCGAUAGAUCUUCAUAUUAAUUGCCACCAGGGGGUCGAUAAUUGGCAUUAUAGGCUGCUGAGAGAGAUUUGAAGGAAGGGGCAGGUUAUGUGAUGGUCAAACCAAUAACUGCCUAUUUAGACAUAGCUGCAGAAAUAAAGAGAAGACAUCCAGAUACAUUACUUGCCUGUUAUCAUGUUAGUGGUGAGUACUCGAUGAUACAUGCUGGUGCAGAGAAGAAAUUGUUCGAUUUGAAGAGAGUGGUGUUGGAAUAUAUGGAGGGAUUUGUUAGAACAGGGAUUGACAUCAUCAUCACUUAUUUCACUCCUGAGUUGUUGGAUUGGUUAGAAUGA